UAUAUUUCCUGGUUUCGCCUGCAUGCCUCGUUACUCAUCGUGUAUUGUAUAUGUGUCCAGACUUGUCUGGCUGCUUCAGUUUACUGUGUGUUUGCCGUUAGGAUUUGUCUGACUGUCUGUGGAGUACCUUAAGGAUAUGCAUCUAAUAUGUCACAGUGCGGAUCCAUGGGUCUGUUCAGUUGUCUGGAAUUAUAUUGUCUGGAACGGACAAGCAUCAAAAUGACAACAAGAGCAUCGUACCUGAAGUUUUUUGAAGAAUCCUUGACUAACGAGAAUUUUUAACAUCUCAAACAUCGGUUGAACUGAAACUGAAAAUCUGUGACCUGAUGCUGGCAAUCAGUUAAACAUAGUGAACGGUUUCAUCACAUCUGCUGUAUCUGGUGAUUUUCCACUAGAUCAUUCAAAUAGAGUUCGGACAAGAUCGGGAGGGUCCACGAACCGGGUUUCGAACUUGGUUCGCUCAGCCGCAACGGGUGUGUCGCAACGCUAUCAUGAGUUCGCACGCGCUGGCUUUCUCAUGUUUGUUCAGAGUGAUUUCCCAUUCGAUACUUCUCUAGUCUGAAACGUCAUCUUGCAGUGUAAUAUGCAGUGUAAUAUACACAUAUAGUGUAAUCCUCUGGCACUGACUGAACACGUUGUCAGUAUAUGCAACAAAGAACUCCAACAUUCUUUUAAUCAAAGGCUCUUAAAAGCGAUCAGAAGAUGUCAAGCAUAAGAGGCUCAUUGCUGUGCCGUUUGGUUGUAACAGUGACAUUGGCAGCUGUCAUCUCUAUGGGCAUCAUAUUUUUCCAGUUCUCGCCUUCUCACAACUGUCCACCACCACUUCCUAAACCCAAACAAAUGAAAGUACAUAACUGUGCUAAGAGCAACAGCUCUCUUACUAAUAUAGCAGAGGAGAAACCUAUACUUCUGUUAUGGAUUUGGCCUGAAAAUUAUAGGUUUGCUUUCAAUGACUGCAAAAAGUUUUACAAUAUUGAUAAUUGUCAGCUGACGGAUGAUAGAUCUCUCUAUAACAGUGCAGAUAAUGUCAUUGUUUAUCAUAGAGCCAUCCACUGGCAUCUGUCCAACCUUCCCCCAUCUCCUCGUCCUCCGUUCCAGAGAUGGAUUUGGUUGCAUUUGGAAUCACCAACCAACACCAAAAGGAUACCAGGUCUGGAAAACCUGUUCAAUCUCACUCUCAGCUACAGACAGGAUGCUGAUAUUCCUGUACGGAUGCGCUUGACGACCAGGAAGAAACCUAAUAAGGAUUUUGUGAUUCCCAAAAAGGAUAAGCUGGUGUGUUGGAUUGUAAGUAACAACGAUCCCACAACUGGUAUUGACACAAGGAACGUUUUUUACAGGGAAUUAAGGAAAUACAUCCAAGUGACUUUGUUUGGAAAGGCUUAUGCUAGGUUUCUGGAUUAUAAGGACUAUUAUCCAACCAUGGCUAGCUGCAAAUUUUACCUUGCCUUUGAGAACUCCAUCCACAAAGACUACAUCACUGAGAAGUUAAACGGGCCGCUCGCAGCAGGUACCGUCCCUGUGGUGUUGGGUCCUCCGAGAAGAAACUAUGAAAACUUUGUUCCCGCCGAGUCCUUCAUUCAUGUCGAUGACUUCCCAGAUGCAAAAUCACUAGCCGAAUAUCUGCUUCAUCUGGACAAGGAUGAAGAUGCAUAUCGCAAGUACUUUAACUGGAGGAAACAUCUCACUCCAAGUCCUCAUUUAAUAUUACAGACACAAGAGUUUAUUCUGGCUAUUUGCACUGCCUGUGACCAUGUGGCACGACACAGGGAAUAUAAAGAAGCUCAUGAUCUCUAUGAUUGGUACUUCAGUUAAUGCCACCUCAGGUUUUGGUGACAUAUUUUUAAUCAAAUAAAUUUUUAAAUAUUCAUUUUAAAUACCAUACCAUACCAUACCAACUUUAUUUGUUAAGCACUUUACAACAACCACAGUUGACCAAAGUGCUGUACAGAAAAAAUAAACAUAUGUACAAUUAAUAACCACAAAAUAAAAGCAUUCAAAGUAACAAAUUAAAUCAAGUAAAUAAAUCUUACUAGGUGUCAAAAGCCAAAGAGAAAAGAUAGGUUUUAAGAAGGGUUUUAAAAACAAAUAGAGAAGAGGCCUGCUUAACAUGCAAAGGCAGAUCAUUCCAUAGUUUAGGGGGGGAAGAAG